AAGCUUUCAUUUUGUUGUUUGCAUCCAUCGGUUAAAUCCCAACGUCCCUACCUUAUAUUUUUUCAUUUUCCAUUUCCUUCUCUCUGAUUAUCCUUUUUCCUCUCAUCUUAAUUUCCGGGAAACUUUUUCUUUUCCCCUUUCUAAAUUCUCUUCUCAGCAAACUCUUUUUUCCCCCGAGAAAAUCAGUAGUUCAGUACCCUUUUUUUUUGCUUAAAAAAGCACUGAAAAAUGGAUUAUUCAAUCGGCAGUAGUGGUACAACUUUGCACAUAAGAAAAACACCCAAAAAAUCCAAAUCCAAGAAGAACAAUAAGCCAAUCAAAGUAGUGUACAUAUCAAACCCCAUGAAAGUAGAGAUCAGUGCUUCAAACUUCAUGGCCUUAGUGCAAAAACUCACCGGCCAAGACGCUGCUGAACUUCCCGAAGAUCCCAUCCUAUUCACCGACGCUGAUGAAUCCGUAGUCGUUUCCGCCGAAGACGGAGGCGAUCAAAGGGUACCCGACGCUGCAAAAACCACAAACACUGCCGCUGCCGCCGACCAUGCACGGGUGGUCCUCCAACAACAGUAUCCCGCCAUUACCGAUGAUAAUAUUAAUGCUCAAGGCGUCCCCUUCGAUAUCUACGACGACGACGUCUUUACACCCCAGAUGAUAGAGAAUUUUACUGGGUUAAUACCUCAAAGCCUUUUAAUAUGAAAAUGUUGUAAGCUCUCUUUAUUUUUAAGCCUUUUUAUUUACUGUUAUUUUUAACGUUAAGUUCCAGGCUUUAACUGUUAAUCUCGUGAUAUUAUCAUUAUUUACAUUAGGGCUGCAAUACAUAUAUAUAUGUAUGUAUGUAUAGAUGGAUGUAAGGUUUUUGCUGUUCUUUCUUGGUGUGCUAUAUUUAUGUUCUUAAGCUUGCUUUCCAAUUUGGGUUUGGGUUUGGAUGUGUGAUUUGACAUAAUAUUCAAUCUCCGAUAUCACUAUAAAUAAAAUAAUUAUCAUUUAUAGGAA